AUCUAGCCGAUCAAGUAGUGUUUGGAAGAAUUUACUUUGGUAGCGUGCUGUCAAUCGGGGUUGCCAUUUUAGGUUUGAGUAUUCUUCGUACUGCAGACAACAUCACAUUAGAACCUAAAUCCUCUUCGGAUAUUAAGUUUCACUAAAAUGUCUGCUCCGCAAGAUACGCCCGAGAAUACAGAAGCUGUAAACGAUCAGACGAUGUCUUCGUCGCCGUCUUCACGCAAUCACUUUCUCAUACCAAGUCCCAUACCAACUCGACGAAACCGAUCGUACUCGGCAUCAGAAAAAGCUUUGCGUGCUCCUAGUAUGAAAGGAACCAUCAAAACCUUCUGUCGGCAACGUGGUCAUGGAUUUAUUACUCCAGAAGACGGCUCAGAACCUAUUUUCGUACACAUUUCAGAUAUUGAAGGAGAGUUUGUGCCAAAGGAGGGUGAUGAGGUGACGUUUAGAACUAUCCCCAUACCACCACGUAUGGAGAAGAAACAGGCAGCACAUGUUGUUAUUACACACUUAAAGCCUGGUGUCACACACGAACGCUGGGACUCGCCUGUUCCACGUGAUCCCGAGGAUGGAGGGAUGAUGUAAUUGAGUUCCUUUAAAUCUGUUGUAAUGAUGCUUGAAAUGAUGUUCUAUAGUUAAAAGACAGUUUUGAGCCUAUGAGGCCUUGAAUCUGUUUUUUUAAUUGUGAAAACACUUCAACCAUGAAAUGCUUGCAGUAAUUCUGAAGUAGGAUAUUGUAAUAUUUGAUAUUCAUCUACAAUUUUCUGUGGUUUUAGUUACCUCUUUUAAAGUGUAUAAACACAACAUUUUGUUUGAAAACUAUGAAUUCUUAUAGCUGCAGUGAAUAGUUUGCAUUGCUUGAUGGUUGGCAUGUAUUUCGUAGAUGACCAGAAAGGAAAAUCUCUUCUGUCUCCUAUCUUAUCCCUGAUAAGUAGGCAUGAAGCCAAAUCAGUUUAAGAAGUGUUGCUAUGAUUUGUCAUAGAUUGAACUGCUGUUUGACAUUAGUAUCCACUUAGAAACUUGUGUAUUUUUGCGUACUCAGUGCAAAAAGGUGCAUGUUGAUUCUUCAUGGUGUGGUAAUAGCAUUGCUGAUUGCUUACACAAGCAUUUUGAUUUUUGAGUUCAGUGACCCAGCAGUCAAGGUACACAGACUAAAGGGUAAAUGUAUAAUACUUUUCUUCCACUCUGCAGAGGGAAAAACAUUUUUGAAAGGCCAGUUGUACAGAUUUGACCAUACUGCAGACGUAUAAAUAAUUACAUAAUAUUUUGCAGAUUUGGGGACAUGACUGCCUUUCUUGUUUUUGAUCAGAGAUGAAAAUCCAAAGGAAACUUAGCUGCAGAAGUUGCACUAGAAGUACUCACAUCACUUAAUUUUUUUAUGUGUAUAUUAGGUGAUGCAUAAUUUUUGUGGCACUUUGUUUUAGACUGUAUGAGAAAAUGAUUGAAGAGUUAGAGGAUGCUUACGUUUGACUUUUGACAUUUUGUGUUGGCUGUUUUCUCCAAAUCAAGUUGCUUUUCACACUACGCCUGGGGCAACUACAUCGUUAAUUACACAAUUGCCAUGGCCAGCAUUGGCCUUAUGUCAACUGUAGUGGAUAUCCAGGGUUAGUGUGUUAAAGGUCGAUUUCUUCAAUAUUUGCUCCAUAAUUGAAGAGUGAAUGUUAUGUUUAUUUGUGAAAUAGAAUGCAGUAGCAUACUUAAUGCUGUGUUGAUGAUUGUAGAGAUGUCGAAAGUGGAUUUUUACCUCAUCUGUUUCUUUUUCUGCACUUCUGAAAAAAAAACAAACCAUGCAGGCUUUUCUGUCAUGCGAAGUGUAUUUUAAACUAAUUCAUGCUGUAUUGAAAAACAUCUCAAGUUCUUCAGUUAAAUAGAAAUAAUCAUUUUGAACCUCUUUGAUGUUUUGGGUUUUUUGUUACCAUUUUACAAAUUAUUUAUAUUACUUUUUAUUUUAAGCAAUUAUGUUUUGUGUUUAACAUGCACCACAUGUUAAUGAAUGGAUUUGCUGUAUUUUGAGAAAAGAUCCACUGGUUCAUUUUUCUUAUUCUACAAUUUAAAUGUAUUCAUAGCCUUGCCUUAAUGUCUUAAGUUGCAUGCCAUCCACUUAAAAGUUAGGGAAUUUUGUAUCUUUAUUUUAAAAAAAAUAUAAAACAAUACUUCGUGCA